AUGAGUCGGAGGGGCCGCAAAAGUGGCUACCGGAACUUCUCGAUCGCUGAGCAGAUGCCGUUAUGCAGCGUUGUUGGAGACAUUCUACCCCUUGGAAGGAACAUGUGGGAUCAAGUCGCUCUUUGGUAUAACUCGCGCCGUCCAAGAGGCACCAGCGAGCGUGAUUUCGAAGCCCUGCGCAGGAAAUUUCGCAGUUUGUAUGGAAAGCCAAAGCCGCCGGGUUACAAUGGAGAAAUACCCGAGUCGAAGAAGCCGAUUGCCUUUGCCCACAAAUCCACCGAGAGCUUGAACUCAGCGCCGGACCUUCACUCUACCACGAUGGCGUUGAUGACGGUGCCGAUGAUGCAGAGCUGGUGCGCCACAGUCAGUGUCGCUCCGUCGGUCGACGAAGUGGUAGCUGAGUCGGAGGAGGAUGAGAAUGAAGAGAUUCGACAAGAGGACACGCAAGACGAGGAUUCACCGCCAGAUACCGAUCUACCCGAUGUACCUCCCGCCCGGACCUAUACACAAAAAUCAACUCAAGCGUCAGUGGCAGCCUCUGUCGAGGACAGUGUUGACGAAUGGGUAUCUGACAGAGAAGAACACCCCGAUUCCAUCGUCGGCCUCACAAGGUCGAGCUGCACCCUUUACGGCGGGGCCUCGUGCUCCGACUUCCCGUGCAAACGCUUCUUCAACGAGAACAAGCGGCCGUCCUCGACGACCGUCUCGCGAGCACAUUCCUUCGGAGGCUACCCCUGA